AAGAUUACGAGAAGAAGAAAAGAGCACAUUAAUAGACAAGCACACACCUGAAGAAACGAAAGACAGAUUAAGUUUUGAAGAACGUCGCAGGCAACACAGACAACAGUGGAGUAUGGAUCAAUAUCCUCCCAUACGAUCUUCACGAAAAGUGGUAAGUAAUCACUUAUAAAUUAUUUUUAGAGAUUUUUAGAGAUUAGAUUUAUCUUCUAUAGUUUUGCCUUAACGUGCUUAUGCAACGAAAGUUCGCACAUAUUACAAACAUAUGUUGUAUGUCAACAAAUUUGAACCAGUUAUCUAUAUGAAAGUUUUUUUAGGCAAUCAGGCGUCUUCGUCCCAGAUAAACGCAGCGUUUUUAUACUACUUAAAAUAUAAAACAACUGUAGAACUCCGAAAAGAAACGUUUUAAUAUUCUAGCUUUCGACUAAGAUUCAGUCAUCAUCAGGAAUGAUGCCAGGUUACAUACAUCGAUAUAUAUAUAUAGUGAAGAUUGAGUAAUUUGAUAUGUACAUAAAAGAUUAGUUAAAUAUUAUAAGUUCUUUUGAUCACUUGCCAUUAGACGCCUUGAACCUGAACUUAAUCAUGGAACAAAGGCAUCAAAAUAACUUAUAAUAUUUAACUAAUCUUUUCUGUACAAUUUGUCUAUAUCAAAUUACUUAUGAUGUUCACUAUAUAUAUAUCGAUGUAAUGUAACCUAGCAUCAUUCCAGAUGAUGACCGAAUCUUAGUCGAAAGCUAAAAUAUUAAAAUGUUUAUUUUCGGAGUUACCGUUGUUUUAUAUUUUAUUAAAAUAGUCAGUUGUUCCCGUAAUUUUUAUACUACUUAGAUUAAUAUGUGUUUCAUAGGAAGAUAAAAGUCGGCAAAGUCAUGACAGCGACCACAACAUACCAGCUCCGUCAUCAUCAGAUAAUAGUCAAGGUAAAUUGUACUAAACUUUGGUAAGGGUCUUGACAGAACAAGUUGUUACAGGUUUUUCGUGGCUGGAAAACUAUUUCGUACUGUACAUAACAUAUUUCAUAACUAACUAGGAGCAUAACCAGAUAAGGUUUAGGGUAAGAUUUAGAAUUGUUAUAAGUACACAGUUGUCGAUUCUUUCGCGUUUUAACGAUCUUGAAAAAUAGCUGGCAUCUUGAAAACCUUCCUCUCCUCCAUCAAACAACCUAAUAAAUAUGCUCGAACUUAAUUUACCUCUAGGUUCCAGUGGUCUGAUAAGAAGAAAUAUAUAUGGAGACCCUAUUGAAUAAAGCACGCUAAACGUUUACACGAGUUGAGAACAUCUGGGACGAAACCUUCGGCGAAACGGUAAAACCUUGCUUGUCGUAAAAGAGACGAGUGUCAACGUCAUUAUUUAGCUCAGUUAAUUUUUGGCUAUACUGACCGCCUUGGCAAUAGAAGUGACAUUGCAAGUAUUUAUAUAAGGAAGAUAUUCAUGUUCAGUGGCGUAGGAAACCCAAUAGUAAAAGUGGUGGGCCUAGUUCCGCCCCCAAUAUCUCGGAAGAAAAUUGAAACAAUCACAAGGGUGUAAAGCUAUGUUGUGUCACUGCAUGCAUGUUUGUGAACUCGAUUUUUUAUUAAACGCCCCAGAAACCAUUUACAUCAUAUAAAAAACUCGAUUCACAUGUGAAGAUUGAGAUAAUC